UGACAUAACAAAAAGUUUUUGUUUUUAUUAUUUUAUCUGGCGGUAAAUAAAAAAAAAUAUUAUAAAUUAUAGAGAGUAGGGGGCUGCUAUUGUUAGUUCUAAGAUUUAAAUAAAUUUAAUCCAACAUAAUGGCGAAAAGGAGCAAUCCCUUUAUUGAAGAUUUUAUGCCCCAAAGCAAAGUUCAUGUAGGGAUCAAGCAAUUCAAUAACAAUAAGGAUAGGUUACAAUCAGUUUACGAAAAAACACUAGACUUACUAUUUACUGGAGCAAAGAAGUGUCCAAGACAAAAUGUUGUAGAUGACACAAACACAGCUACUUUAAACAAAAGAGACAACAUGAAACAGCUGUAUUUAGGGAAAGACGGGUCUCUAUUACACUCUGGAACAUUUAGCUCUUCAGACAAAGUAUCUAUAGUUCGGUGCAGCUGUGGAGGCAGCAAGGAGACUAUAUGUGGGUACUGUGAGAAGGUCCUGUGUGACUCGUGCCAGCACCUCUGUGGUAAAUGUGACCGCUGCUACUGCUCACACUGUUUCUUGCCAGGAUAUGAUGGAGCAGAAAUAUGCAUAUCCUGUUAUAAUUAGUUGUUAAAAUAUUAUUAGUUCAAUUUUAAAAGAUCUUAUGGUUGACUUGUUGAUGUUCUACAAAUUUUCAAAAAGCUGUUUUUAUUAUUAAGUACUUAAAUAAAAUACAAAUGAAACACAUCAUUACAUUUGUUCUCAUUUAUAUAAAAUACAUAACAAAAUUAAACUUCAACACAGUGUGCGAAGGAAUUCUGUAACAGCAUUGGUUGGGUGCACCACAUGUAUCCAUUCUAAUUUGGCAGGAAUUGUCACAAGAUAAAAUUAUUAUAUAGCAUUAGUUCCAGAAUAUACCACUGGAUCAGACAAGGUGGCGCUACUAUAACAUUGAUUUAUAAUAUAAUCUUGCACAUUGGCAUCUUGAACUUUCUGAAUGUCAAGGCAGGGUUGAGUUCACGUGACAACGAUAGUGUGAUAGACACAUACACACAUGCAAAGGACAAUCACACAUGCUUGUUAGGCCUUAAGUUUUUGUUGAGUUUUUAUCAGCAUUCAAGUACUUAACUACAUUGUAUGUUAAUGAAUGUAAUUUUAGUUUUUAUGAGGUAUAAACGUUAAAUAGCCCAUGGCGUACAAUGUUGCUUAAUGUCUCGUUAAUAAU